AUGGCUAAAAUUGAGGAUAUGUUACCUGUUCAGGACGACAUGGAUCUGGAUGAACCGGUGGUUCCAGAGCCUCUUAGCGCUGAGAUACGUGCUGAGAUGGAGGUAGAUCCAGCGGAUGAACCCGAAGAAGAUUUGAAGCGAAAUCGACUUCAGUCAAUGAAGCGCUCGGUCUUUGGGGUUGAAGUGGGGGGUAUAAUCAUUGAGCGGAUUGUAAACUUCGAUGGAAAUUACUAG